AUGUGUUACAAAGUCGUCGAGCGCUACUCCGUUUGCAAAUGUCUCUACUUCGAACACUCCAUCGACCCUUGCUCUGCGUAUGGCCAGCGCGGCCAUGGAAUACAAGAAAAAACCGUCCUGGUUGGUUAUACCUGUGACAAGCACUCGGGGUGGGGGAUCUAUGCUGUUUCGCCUGGUGCGAAACGGUCCGAUUCCGGGUAUGGGAGUCAUGAUAUGAGUGGAAAUGAGAGUGGGAGUGAGAGUGAGGAUGAGGAAUAUUGGGAGAUUUGA